AUGUCCGCAGAAGAGGAUCAAGAUGAGUUGGCUGCAUUAGAAGCCUCACCGCCCUCCUCCCCUGUAGAGGGAGAGCCUGGUGUACCCCAGGGCCCAGCAGCAGCAGCAGCAGCAGCAGCAGCAGCAGCAGGAAAGGAUGGGAGGGCUUCUAGGCUGCAGCAGCAACGAAGCGAAUGGUAUGCAGCACAGCAGAGAGCUCGAGCAGUGCCCGCUGUCUCCGUCGCCCCUCUCUUUGUCUCCGGGGGAGCUCUGCAUUCAACCAGCACGAAGAAUAAGCAGGUGCUGCUACCUCCAAGCUUAUCAUCAACUCAUCCACCCCACAGUGGGCCUUCAUCUGGGGCAUCUACAUCCGCAAGUCCUGCUGCUCCAGCAGUAGCAGCAGCAGCAGCAGGUGCAGCACCAACAGCAGCAGCAGCAGCUGCAGCAGCAGCAGCAGCAGCAGGGAAUGUAGGUGUGAAAGGGGUUCAUUCGUCAGGGGCCCCUGGAGGGUCUCCUGGUGCCCCUUCAACUGCUGGAGCUGCUGCAGCAGGAGGAGGAGGCGGUGGUGCUGUAGGUAGAGGAGCAGCAGGUGCAGCAGCAGGAGCAGCAGCAGCAGCAGGAGCAGCAGCAGCAGCAGGAGAAGAAGAGUUUGGAGUGUCUCCGCUACCCCCAGACGCCCGUAUAUGCAGAUGGGAGGGGGCCCCUAUAGGGGUAGAGGAGGGGGGCCCCCCUUUGGUCGUAGGGGGCCCCCGCCAGCAGCAGGAGGAGGUAAUGAAGAGCGCGGGUUUAAUGAUGCAUCUGGGGGCCCUUCUUCUUUUUCUUAUAACAGAGAUAAGUGGAUGGGAGAUAACAGAGACAGCAGCAACAGCAGCAGCUGGUCUCCUGCUGCAGCAUCAGGGGGCCCCUUUAGAAGAGACAAAAUCGGUGGGGGAGGGAGCAGAAGAAAUACGCCUUACUCAGCAACAGGAACAAACACAACACCUCUUGGGGGCCCCUUCACCUCCACCCCUUAUGGGGGCCCUGAAGGAAACUGGGGGCCCCCCCAGGGGCCCCCAGGUACCCAUGAUGAGGGUUGGGGGGCCCCAGGGGCCCGUCAGAGAGGGUGGGGGGCCCCCCAGGGGCCCUCAGGGGCCCAUGAUGAGAGCUGGGGGCCCCCAGGGGGGCCCCAAGGGGCCCGUCAGAGAGGGUGGGGGGGCCCCCAGGGGGCCCCAGGGGCCCAUGACGGGGGUUGGGGGCCGCCUGGGGGGCCCCCUGGGGCUCA